AUGUGGUUUUCUACUUUAGCAUAUGUGACAUUGGCAACUGCCGCAACGCUGCAACCAAUCACUUCGAGAAACAUCGAGGGAAGCGUACGUUCCUCCGAGUCUAACAGAAACAUCAUCGAGGACGUUAAAUUUAGGAAAGGAUGGGGAGCGGUGACACCGCACACGUGGUACGAAUCGCAUUUUCCAGAUACGGGAGAGUCUUUCUGGGACAAAAUUAUAGAGCUCGGUCCAUAUGUCAAGGAUUAUAGUGACGAGCUUUUUCAUCACGCCAUGGAGCUGUAUCCAUCCGAGAAGCUUGCGGAGUUCAAGGAAUCUAUGAUUAACGUCACUGCCACUGCCACUGUACUGCACAAAGUCUGUAGUGACGCUGCAGAAGACAGUGGCGUCUCUCUCUACUCCGUAACAGAAGAACUUGAAGACAUCUUCACUGUCCUAUUCGAAGAGCUUAUGGAGAUGUUCCCGCCACCUAACGAGGCUCCUGGUCAUAACAACCGUACAAUCAUGAUCAGCACGGCCCUUGACCGCAUCGAGCAAAGUUUUUUACAGGUCGCUACCAAGGUCGGAGUCAGCGAAGAAUUGUUGCAAAGUGACUCUAGUUCUCUCAAGCUUGCUGUUCAACAGGUUGCCGUAACCACAGGAGACCUUGUCGAACAGCAUCCCGUCAUCGCCCGUGCACUCUUGCUCAUUGCGAUUGAUAUCUUAUUACCUGAGAUCGAAAUCAGUGGAUGGCUUCUUCCCCAACUUCUCCGUUUGUUCGGAUUUGGACGGCAAGGACCAAUCAAAGGUGGAAUUGCUGCGUGGGUGCAACGUUGGAUAUUUGGUGCCAACAUCCCAGCGGGUAGCUGGUUCUCGGUGCUCCAGCGCCUAGCCAUGAUGAGUACAAAGCUUUAAGUAUCAUUGAAGUUGUUCGGGCUUCAGCAGUCGUUUGUUUCAUGUCAUUGAAAACCUUGGGGGUCUGUUUUUAUGUUUAUACUUAAGAGACGAUUUUUGAUACCUCAAGUGUAUUGCAGAUUAUGCAUUGUAGAUGUCCUUGAGCAUCCAUGAAAUUGAACCUAGGAUCCAAC